GACGCUCUCAUACUUUCAUGUGCCUAAUGAUGCUUAUGUCGUUCAUUUUGCAAGACUCGCUCACAGGGGAAACGGCUGAAGAAAUCUAAUUCCUGUUGAUCAACUUCCAUUUUUGGAAGAGUUCAACCAAUGAGGCCAGCAAAUACAGCAAAACUCCAGGAUCAGCCACACGUGUGUUCAUGACUGCGACCGUCAGAGAGGAAAGAAAGAGUCACGCUUCAGUUCAUUCAGCGUUCUUCUAACUAUAAAGCUCAGCUCCACUCUUAUGGAGAAGAUGCAAUCUCGGGAUCUGCUGCUGGGGCUUCAGCUGCCGGAGCUGGAGGAUCUGGGUCAGUUCAUCCGCUCUCUGCCCACCUCCACACUGCUGGGUCUGGGCGCUCUCACCGCGGUGCUGGCCUACUGGAUCACCACACGCCCGCGGUCCAUCGUCCCGCCCUGCGACCUCCGGCACCAGUCACAGGAAGUGCAGAUGGAAGACGGCGCUCGAAGGUCCAUGAUGGGCAGCAGGUCCGAGCUGCUCUCUUACUACCACGAGGACGCCAAGACCAUGUACGAGGUGUUUCAGCGAGGUCUGCACAUCACCGGUGAUGGACCGUUUCUCGGCUCCAGACUGCCCAAUCAACCCUACACAUGGCUGUCUUACAAAGAGGUGUCCAGCAGGGCGGAGCUCUUGGGCUCUGGUUUGUUGUCUCAGGGAUGUCAGCCCAAUACGGAUCAGUUCAUCGGGGUGUUUGCACAGAACAGGCCUGAGUGGAUCAUUUCUGAGCUGGCGUGCUACACGUACUCAAUGGUGGUGGUGCCGCUCUACGACACUCUGGGACCCGACGCCAUCCGCUACAUCAUCAACACAGCUGAAAUCUCCACAGUAAUCUGUGAUAAACCAGAGAAAGCCACAGUGCUUCUGGAAAACGUUCAGAGAAAAGAGACGCCCGGUCUGAAGAUGAUCAUCCUCAUGGAUGCGUUUGAUGCUCAGCUGGUGGAAGAAGGCCAGAAGUGUGGCGUUCACAUCCAGGCCCUUAAAGAUGUGGAGGCUCUGGGUCGAGAUCACCACAAGAAACCAGUGCCGCCGGCACCAGAUGACCUGUCCAUCGUCUGCUUCACCAGCGGAACCACAGGAGAUCCUAAGGGAGUGAUGCUGACCCACGGGAAUGUUGUCGCCGACUUCGCUGGCUUUUUGAAAGUGACAGAUAAAGUCAUCUUUCCAAACCAAGACGACGUGCUCAUUUCCUUCCUGCCUCUCGCUCACAUGUUCGAGAGGCUGAUUGAGUCUGUGGUGAUCUGCCAUGGCGGGAGGAUUGGCUUUUUCCAAGGCGAUAUCCGUCUUCUUCCUGACGACAUGAAGGCUCUCAGGCCCACGAUAUUUCCAGUGGUGCCGCGUCUCCUGAACCGCAUGUAUGACAAGAUCUUCAGUCAGGCCAACAACUCCGUGAAGCGCUGGCUGCUGAACUUCGCGGCCAAAAGAAAAGGAGCGGAGGUGAGCCGUGGCGUUAUCCGCAGCGACAGCAUAUGGGACAAGAUCUUCUUCCAUAAGAUCCAGGCCAGUCUGGGAGGGAGGCUGCGGAUGAUCAUCACCGGAGCGGCUCCCGCGUCCCCGUCCGUCCUGGGCUUCCUGAGAGCGGCGCUGGGCUGUCAGGUGUACGAGGCGUACGGUCAGACGGAGUGCACCGCCGGAUGCACCUUCACCACCCCUGGAGACUGGACGUCCGGUCAUGUAGGAGCUCCGCUGCCGUGUAACCUCAUUAAACUGGUGGAUGUGGCUGAGAAGAACUACUUUGCUGCUAAAGGAGAGGGCGAGGUUUGUGUGAAAGGCCCGAACGUCUUCAAGGGUUAUCUGAAAGACCCUGUGAGGACCGCUGAGACGCUGGACGCGGACGGAUGGCUUCACACUGGAGACAUUGGGAAAUGGCUGCCGAACGGCACACUGAAGAUCAUCGACAGGAAGAAGCACAUCUUUAAGUUAGCUCAAGGUGAAUAUAUUUCCCCAGAGAAGAUAGAAAACAUCUACAUCCGCAGUGAACCCGUGUCUCAGCUCUACGUCCACGGCGACAGCCUGCAGUCGUGUCUGGUGGGAAUCAUCGUCCCGGAUCCCGAGGUCUUUCCCUCAUGGGCUCAGAAGAAAGGCUUUGAAGGAUGCUUCGACGAGCUGUGUGAAAAUAAAGACUUGAAGAAAGCCAUCCUGGAUGACAUGGUGCGUUUGGGAAAAGCUAGUGGCCUCCAUUCAUUCGAACAGGUUAAAGACAUCUACAUUCACAAAGAAUUGUUCUCCAUACAAAACGGAUUGCUGACCCCCACUUUAAAAGCCAAGAGACCGGAGUUGAAGGAGUAUUUCAAGAUGGAAAUCGAACAACUGUACAGCAACAUCUCCAUGUAAUUGUUCCGUCACCAAAAGAUGAGGACGUUUUAUCGACAUUGGCAUUCGUUCACUAUUUGUUCUUCCUCGCUCAAAACUAGCAGGCACUAAAAGCUCCGAAAGAGCCAUGGGCGUCAAGACAAGCAUGAGCUUACUCGCUAAAAGAGUCAUGAAACGAGUAAUUCCCCCUUUGGCCGUGAAUGUCAACAGUCGGUGUGCCUUUAGAAAUGUGUCCGAGCUGCAUCCAGAUCGAGUCCUCCUCUAAAGCGGAAGCAGUUCCAGCUCGCAUGCAUGCUUCACUCGAGGAGAGCGACGAUAACCCAAAGUUCAUGUCCAUUCAUGUUUCGUUCGUGGGUCCAAAGGGAAUUCGAAUGGCACAUUCCCAGCUAAAAGCCAUGCAUGCUGUGUUCCGGCGUUCCAUGACCAACAUUCCCAGGUCCUUUGCGGCAUCAGAAGACGUUUUACAUACUUACAUUUCACAUGCACAACACUCACCAUAUGAUGCUUGUCUAUGUAGUAAAGAGUGGCUCGCUUGAUCAAAGUGAGCAGAACAUGCAAUUCUGGGCUGACCUGAUGGAUCAAUUAGCGUUUCAGUUCUUUUUCAUCCCAAAGUAUUUCAAUAGUAGAGUACAUUUUGAAUAAAACUAGAUGUGAAACUAUUUAAGCAAUGGUUUGAAGUGUAGAGAAACCAAUAAGAUUUGAAUCUGCUCUUGAAUGAUAUCAGAACUUUAACUUUGUUUUCCACGAGGGGACAGGAAUGGGGAAUAUGAAUCUGCAGAGAUGUUAAUUCAUCCUUGGUUACUUUAGCUUUCAUUUAUGGCAUUUAAACAUAAUGCAUUUCACACGGCACCUUUCAGUCUGGCCUAAACUGUGUUUUUUGUCUCUUUGUUAGAAUAUUAUUAGCUAAUUUAAUGAUCAGGGUUAUUCCGUUAUUCAUUUAUUUAUUACUAUCAGAGGUUAUUCUAAAUGGUAACUCCAUUUGGAUGCCACUAAGUUCUGCAUAACUUUAUGCUUACUGAUUCUUACUCUUUUUUUUUUUUUUUUUUUUCCCACACAAAAAUCAACCUGAUAAGUAUACAUUCCUGCUGAUUUCAGUGGUCAGUACGCCAACACGUCAGACUGAAGCCCAAAGUCUGUCUAAAGCAUUCAAAGUCUUUCAGUCAAACAGCUAUUAGACAUCUACCAGUCUGAACAUGAGCCUUACACAUUUUAUAUUAUGUUACAAUUUGGAGAAAGGAAGUUUUUGUUUUGUUAUUGAAACAGUUCACCUGCAUCUUUUCCUAAUAAUAAAGUCUUUUAUCCGCAUGUACAUCUCUGCAUAUACACAAAAAUAGUGAUGAUGAGUGUGUGCAAAAAAAUGUAAAAAUAAAGAAGAAUUCUUUGUAA